AUGGACGGGAUUAUCGGGUACAGGGAGCGCUACCCGAAUGUCAACCAGGCGAAACUAGUGCGGAAGAUCGACUUCAGGGUCAUUCCGAUGAUCAGCAUUUUGUAUCUCCUUGCGUUUCUCGACCGGGUGAAUGUUUCCAACGCGGUGCUGUUCAGUUUGAAGCCAGACCUAGGGCUUACUGGAGACCAAUUCAACACGGCCCUAGUGGUGUUCUUCGUCCCCUACGUGCUCUUCGAAAUACCAUCGAAUGUCUUUCUCAAGCGUUUCAAACCGCACGUCUGGCUCCCGACAUGCAUGUUCUUCUUCGGCCUCAUCACCAUUCUGCAGGGCUUUACGCAGAACUUCGGUGGGCUCGUCGCCACGCGCUUCUUCCUCGGCCUCGCGGAAUCGGGGUUCUUCCCCGGGUGCUGCUACAUGCUCUCGAUGUGGUACACGCGCGGGGAGGCGCAGAAGCGCUAUUCGUUCUUUUUCUCGUCGACGACGCUCGCGGGCGGCUUCGGCGGUCUGCUCGCGAGCGCGAUCGGGAAGCUCGACGGGGUGAGGGGGUUCCACGGGUGGCGGUGGAUCUUCAUCUUAGAGGGCAUUCUCACCGUCGUUGUGGCCGCGCUGUCGUACUUCGUCCUGACCGACUUCCCGGAGGACGCAAAGUGGUUGGCAGAUGAUGAGAAGGAGUAUCUGAAAGCACGUUUAUAUGAAGACGUAGGGCACUCGAGAAGACAGGACCCGCUCACUUUCAGAAGCGUGCUGGUUGUACUCAAGGACCCCAAGAUCAUCUUUGGACCGUUCAUGUACCUCGGGCUCAUCGUUCCGGCGUACAGUAACAGUUAUUUCGCGCCAACGAUUGUGCAGACCUUCGGACACAGCACCAUCACGACACAGCUACUCUCCGUCCCUCCAUCCGGGUGCGCAUUCGUCUUCACCAUGAUCAUCGCCUUCGCGUCAGACUACUACCGCCGCCGCUUCGUCUUCUAUGUGGCCUCCUGUGCGCUCGGGCUCGUGGGAUUCAUCAUUCUGCUCAUCGUGCACGACAACACGAAGCUGCAGUACGGCGCGUUGUACAUCGUGCCGAUGGGCAUAUACUCGGCGAUGCCCAUCGCGCUGUGCUGGUUCGAGACGAAUCUGGGAAGCCACCACAGGAGAGCGGUCGGCACUGCCGCGCAGAUCUCGUUCGGAAACAUCGGUGGGAUUGUCGCCGCGUACUCGUUCCUCACCAAGGACUCGCCACGGUUCAUCCCCGGGUACAGCAUCAACGUCGCGUUCGUCAUGCUCGCCAUCGCAUCUGGGUGCGGGUACUUCCUGACGGUACGCGCGGAGAACCGGAGACGAGACCGCAUGGCGGCAGACGGCUCGAGCCCUGUGUUCAGUGUGGAAGAGACAGAGAAGCUGGGCGACUUGAACCCAGAGUACCGAUACUUCACAUGA